CUGAGGAUUGAAAAAGGUAUCGUCUAAGUUCUCUUAAUGUGAACCCCCGUGGGCCCCACCUCCCCUCUCUCUAGAUUUCCUCUCUCUACACAAGUGCAUACAUACGAAUUAUUCUCUCUUUCUUUCUCCUCGUCCCACUUCAUUUCUCCACCUGUUUUCUCUCCAGCCGCUGCUGGGAACGCCUCCGCGUUUUGCACAACACUCCCAUCUCUCUCUCUCUCACUAGAAAUUGUGUUUCGAAAUUUCCAAAUACGCAGAGAAAAGAAGGAACAAAAAAUGAUGUAGCUAACUUUUUCCAAGAAUCCUGGUGAGCUUCCUCCCGUAUGGACUGCGUACGGAUGGAUGCGAAUGCGCGGUGUACAUGAGCUUGAUCGUGAUUUUCUGCAAAAAUUCUUUUCCAGCAGCUGAAUGUAUCGGUUGGAAUGUUUUGAGAUGAACCAGCAUUUUGGCUGAAUUAGACCAAAAUUUCAGAUUCUGAUAGCUGGGCUAUUUUGCCACAAAAUUUGCUCGAUACCCCUCUUUCAAGGAUUUUAUUAAUGGGCUUUUAAUUUCUUGAGCAGCAGCUUUGCUUCUGCUUGAUGCAGAAGCAGUAAGAUCUAAAGAUUUGAUUUUUCCAGGAAAUGAAUGCGUGCAUUUGUGUUGUGGGAUUGUGAUAGGAGUGGUCCAUUUUCCCUCACAUCUGUGUAGUAUAUAGCUGCAUUGGGAGCCUAAAUGCGAUAAGUAACUAGCAAGAACAUAUGGAUUGAAGCAUAUUAUGCGUUGGAUGCAAUGUUCAAGACAUUAGCAUCUGCAUUGCUGUUGUUGCUGUUGUUGUUGUUGUCGUUGUCUGUUUGCAUCACAGCUGCAGACAGUGAGUUCCGCUGCAGCUGUGAUGAGGAGGGGUUUUGGAGCAUUGAGAAUAUCUUGGAGUGCCAAAAAGUGAGUGAUUUCUUGAUUGCAGUGGCUUACUUCUCCAUCCCGAUUGAGCUCCUUUACUUCGUUAGCUGCUCCAACAUUCCGUUCAAAUGGGUGCUGAUUCAGUUCAUCGCGUUCAUUGUCCUCUGUGGGAUGACUCAUUUGCUGAAUGGCUGGACUUAUGGGCCUCACACUUUCCAGCUCAUGCUUGCUCUCACCAUCUUCAAGUGCCUCACUGCCCUUGUCUCGUUUGCAACGGCUAUAACCCUCUUUACCCUCAUCCCGUUGCUGCUCAAGGUGAAGGUGAGAGAGAUCAUGCUGAAGAAGAAGACUUGGGAUCUUGAUAGGGAAGUUGGGAUUAUCAAGAAGCAGAAGGAAGCUGGCUUGCAUGUUAGGAUGCUAACACAUGAGAUCCGCAAGUAUCUUGAUCGCCAUACUAUAUUGUACACGACUCUGGUUGAGCUGUCAAAGACUCUGGAUUUGAAGAACUGCGUUGUUUGGAUGCCAAACUCGGGCAGAACGGAGAUAACCCUAACGCAUGAGUUGAGAGAGCAUAGCUUCCCAAACGCGUAUAAUACAGUUAUCCCUACCAGUGAGCCUGAUGUGAGAAAGAUCAAGGGAAGCGAUCGGGCGAAGAUACUUGAUCCCGAAUCACCCCUUGCUCUUGCAAGCAGUAGGGAAGUUGGUGAGCCGGGAUCUGUUGCUGCGAUUAGGAUGCCUAUGCUCAGGGUUUCCAAUUUCAAAGGCGGCACUCCUGAGAUGGUCCCUGCUUGUUAUGCUAUCCUCGUCUUGGUUCUUCCCGAUGGACAGGGUAGAACGUGGAGCAAACAAGAGCUCGAGAUAGUGGAGGUGGUUGCUGAUCAAGUUGCUGUGGCUCUCUCCCACGCAGCUGUUCUUGAAGAAUCUCAGCUCAUGAGGGACAAGCUCGUGGAACAAAAUCGAGCGCUGGAGCAGGCCAAAGAGGACGCGCUGAUGGCAAGCCAAGCGCGCAACGCGUUUCAGAUGGUGAUGAGUAACGGAUUAAGAAGGCCGAUGCACUCGAUUCUUGGGCUGCUAUCAGUGUUGCAGGAUGAACAGCUGAGCGGCGAGCAGCUUCUUCUCGUUGACACGACGUUCAAGACUGGUAACGUGCUUUCGACAUUGAUAAAUGAUGUCAUGGAUACUGCAGCAAAGGACAAUAGGAGAUUCCCUUUGGAUAUGAGGCCCUUCAAACUGCAUUCUAUGAUAAAAGAAGCUGCUUGCCUCUCCAAAUGCCUAUGUGCUCAUAGGGGUUACAAUUUUGUGAUCGAAGUGGAUAAGUCGAUGCCGAAUUAUGUGAUAGGUGAUGAGAGAAGAGUGUUUCAGGUGAUUUUGCAUAUGGUUGGUAAUCUGUUGAAUGCAAACAGAGGAGGUGGAUUUCUUUCAUUGCGAGUGUAUUCAGCGAGUGGGAGUCAGGUAUGGAACGAGCAGAGACGAGGCCAGUGGAGGUCGAAUUCCUCGGAUGGAUAUGCGUAUCUUAGGCUUGAAGCCGGCAUUAGCCAUAGCGGUUCCCAGUCAGAAAACAGCUUUUCCAUAGUGCAGAGAUGCUGCGGUGGAGGCGAGGAAAGCAUGAGCUUUAACGUAUGCAAAAAACUCGUUCAGCUAAUGCAAGGAGACAUCUGGAUGGUGUCGAACCCGGAGGGCUUCGAUCAAAGCGUGGCUCUCGUCUUGCGGUUCCAAGCCCAGCCAUCCAUCGCAAGAGGCGUAUUAGAACACGAGCAAGCUCUGCAGCGCGUGCAGUCUAACUCCAUCUUCAGAGGUCUGAAAGUUCUCUUAGCCGAUGCUGAUGCCGUGAACAGAGCGGUGACGAGGAAGCUGCUGGAGAAGCUGGGUUGCGCCGUGUCCGCGGUCUCGUCUGGAUACGAAUGCCUCAGCGCCCUCGGUCCCUCCGCGUCCUCGUUCCAAGUCGUGCUUCUGGAUCUCCACCUCCCCGACUUGGACGGCUUCGAGGUUGCCAUGAAGAUACGCAAGUUCAGAAGCCGCAACUGGCUGCUGGUCGUCGCCUUGACCGCGAGCGACGACGAGGAGACGAGGGAGAAAUGCUUGCAGGUGGGAAUGAAUGGUGUCUUUGCAAAACCAGGUUCGUUUCAAGAUAUUGCUUGUGAGCUCGAAGGUAUUUUGCUGCAGGCAAAUAGACUAUAUUCCUAGAUAGUGUUUAGUUGAUUGAAUGAACUAAAUUAAUUCUGCCUUGUUAGAAUAAACACAAAAGGCAAAUUUAUUGGUCUCAGUAGCUAUUAUUAGACAACUGGAUAGUAAAAAGGUAUACAAGAAAUCAUCUUCUUUUGUUAUGCUUUAUUCAAGGAAGCCUACUUCAUUUGGAUUCAAA